AUGGCGCACGAGACAGAGGGCCUGGACCUGCCGCCAGCCACCAUCCGCAAAGGCGUACAGGCGGUGCUUGAGGGCACACACGGCGCUCAGGCCCGUUACUACAUCCUGACUCACCCUGGUGACGGCACAGUGCUGGCGCAGCUGAUGAUCACUUUUGAGUGGUCUGACUGGCGUGCCGCCCAGGUGUGGUGGGUUCAGAGCGUGUAUGUCCCACAAGCGCACCGCCGCAAGGGCUACUACCGGCGGCUGUAUGAGUUGGUGCGGGAAGAGGCGCGCAAGGCGGGGGCUGCGGGGGACGAGACCUCCUCAAAUCCAAUCCCCAAGAGGCCGAAAGACUGCCCGCCCUGCAACACGUACUGCAAAACGGAGGGCCUGCAGCCGCUCUGCAUCAACCGCAGCAACCGCGACUUUGCGGGCCCCUGCCACGCCGUGCGCAUCCGCGACGCCGCGCUCUACGAGGCCCAGCCCAGUCCACCCCGCCCCAGCCAACCCCCUGCCAUCCCCGUCACCAACAUCGCUCAGGAGCGCGCGACGCCGCUGAACCUGCGGGAGGCGCGGCGCUACACCGCCGAGAUGCUGUUUCGCUUCCCGCAGCCCUCCUUCGAGCAGUUCAAUGCAAUGCAGGCCGGCGACGAGAUCGUGAAGGCCAACGCCGCCGCCCGCAUCGUUGCGGAGUUCAGGCGCAUCGUCGGCGGCAGGCUGGGCGCCCGCAGCGCGGCGCCCCACUGCCGGGACCCCAAGGCCGCCGGGGAGGCGCUGCUGGUCGCCUUCGCGUGCGCGCAGGCCGCGGCGUUUGCACUCGUGCUGCUGACGAGCGCGGGGGACGUGGUCAGGGGCCAGGAGCCGGAGGGGGUGCCGCUGCUGCAGCGGGAGCUGCUGCUGCGGCUGGGAGGGUCGCCUCCGCCUUUGCCCACACUGCGGCGCUGA